AGUGUCCCAGGCGUUCUCACGCCCGCAACAAUUCCUGAGUAGGGCCUUGCUUGAGUUCUUCGGAAAGUCUCGUCACCCCCACAUCGCCUCUUUAGGAAGUCACUUAAUGUUUGGCUUCAUUAUUCCCACAUCCCUUUCCUAACUACUUGCCUGCACUUCUUGAGAAAAAGACUGCAGAAAGGAGAGGUGGGGCUUUCAGUAGAAACAAGCAAACCGCAGGUCCCUGUGGGGGGACUCUCCAGGAAGAAGGGUAAUUUCCUGCCUCCUUAAAUUGGCUGCUACUGUCAGUUAUUUUGCUCCCAACCCCAGAGCUUCACUUGCUCCUUCACCCCAGUUCCGCAAGAACCGUGGGCGACAGUUAUGGAGAAGCGUCUGCAGGAGGCUCAGCUGUACAAGGAGGAAGGGAACCAGCGCUACCGGGAAGGGAAGUACCGAGAUGCUGUGAGUAGGUACCAUCGAGCUCUGCUUCAGCUGCGGGGUCUGGAUCCGAGUCUGCCCUCUCCGUUACCUAAUCUCGGACCUCAGGGCCCGGCCCUCACGCCUGAACAAGAAAACAUACUGCAUACCACCCAGACAGACUGCUAUAACAAUCUAGCUGUUGUGAAAUAGGGAGUGUUUCCCUUCUUAAUCAUAAAAAGGCAGAACAUUGACCUGAAUUGCCUGAAUUGACUCCUCUGCAGCCUGUCUCCUUCAGAUGGAGCCCGUGAACUACGAACGAGUGAGAGAAUACAGUCAGAAAGUCCUGGAACGACAGCCUGAUAAUGCCAAGGCCUUGUAUCGGGCCGGAGUGGCCUUUUUCCAUCUGCAGGACUAUGACCAGGCCCGCCACUACCUCCUGGCUGCCGUGAAUAGGCAGCCUAAAGAUGCCAACGUCCGGCGGUACCUCCAGCUGACACAGUCAGAACUCAGCAGCUACCAUAGAAAAGAGAAGCAGCUCUACCUGGGCAUGUUUGGUUAACAAAGAAGAAAGAUGCUCCUCCAGUUGAACUUAGGUGGACCAUUAAACAUGCAUGAAGGAGAAAUCUGAGCCUCAGCAAGAGAAAUUAACCCUAUACCUCUGACCCAGGUGGAUUUUUGUUUCUAGUUCUGCACAAACUUCACUACUUAGACAGUCUGAGUCUUUUUCUGUCUAUCCAUCUGUUUAUUUCUAUACCUUUCAAUACAUGUUAUUGUUGCAGAUAUUUGGCUUGAGAAAUAUAAUCAGAAAACAUA